AAUCAAAUACACGAGGGCACUCAAUUUUGCGACGCAUGGCACGCUUGGUCUACAGAUUAAUUAAAAAUAGAAAAAGAUUAAUAAUGAGAUAUGGAAAGUAGGAUGGAAGCGCUAGCGCACAUAUAUAUAUAUAUAUAUAUAUAGUGCUGUUGUGAUCCACAGAUAGAGGUAGAGGAAAUAAAAAUGGCAGGAGAAUCGAACGCGUCUCUGCUGAAUCAGCACAAAGAGAAGCAUUUCACCGCCGGCGAGAUCGUGCGAGACAUCAUCAUCGGGGUUUCUGAUGGUCUCACGGUGCCCUUCGCCCUCGCCGCGGGUCUCUCCGGCGCCAACGCCACCUCCGCCGUCAUUGUCACCGCCGGAGUCGCUGAGAUCGCCGCCGGCGCAAUCUCCAUGGGCCUCGGAGGUUACUUGGCUGCAAAAAGCGAGGCGGAUCAUUACAUGAGGGAGCUCCAAAGGGAGCAGGACGAGAUCAUUGAUGUGCCUGAUACAGAAGCAGCAGAGGUAGCAGAGAUAUUGUCGGAAUAUGGAAUUCAGCCACAUGAGUAUUCGCCGGUGGUAAAUGCACUCAGAAAAAAUCCCAAAGCCUGGCUUGAUUUCAUGAUGAAGUUUGAACUGGGAUUGGAGAAGCCAGAUCCAAAGAGAGCAGUGCAGAGUGCAUUGACGAUCGCAAUAGCUUACAUAGUAGGCGGGAUAGUCCCACUUUUUCCUUACAUGUUGAUCUCCUCUGCUGAUAGAGCUGUUGUUGCUUCCAUCAUUGUAACUCUCAUGGCGUUGCUCGUUUUCGGCUAUGGCAAAGGCCAUUUCACCGGAAGCAAACCCUUUUGGAGUGCCCUCCAGACCGCCUUCAUCGGAGCAAUCGCCUCUGCAGCUGCUUUUGGCAUGGCCAAGCUUGUACAAGGAUGACCACUAUUCACACCUCUCUUUCUUUCUCCACCAUGUUCUAGUGUUGACAUUAACCAUUUAUUUAGCAGAGCUAUUUUUGAAUGUCAUGUCUACUUUAUUUUGGGCAACAUUUUGCCAAUUUGCUUUGCUAGGUUUGAGAUAUUUAACCCUAACCUCAAUAAUUGAGAGGCAACUACAGCAAAGUAAAGCAAGUUCCAUUUUGUCACAACAAA